AAUUUGACACACCCCCUAGUUUCAAACCCAUGGCCGGAAACUCCCUUUAAACCAUCCUAUCUUUUCCUUUCUAAACCCUAUUCACCGUUCAGCAAAACCCCUCCCGUCCCUUUAGCUGCCACUGCCGCCCCGAUGAACUCGCUGCCGCGCCCUCCCUUUCACACUCCCUCGUCUCUCCAAGAAAUCAGAAUUACUUAUCGUCGUUGUUCUUUUUUUUCUUUCUCAGAAACAAAAAAAAGUGGUUCAGCCCUUAAACCGCGCCGUUGGUGAGAUCGCGCUGACACUCACUUGCACUGCCGCUCAUUUUCAGCUAUCGAAGAUUUUGAUUUUAUGGUUUUGUUUCAUUGAGUUACAGAGAAGAACUUGCACAAGAUUUCAAACCACAAACUGAUUUAAUUUCUUCCGUGUAUGUCUGAUUUGAAAUACUUCCAAAUUCAGGGGUUCCAAGCGGGAGUUAACUUUUCUGCUCUCUCUAGCUUCGAUCACCAUUGUAUAUUUUUCUCAUGUUGCGUUGGAACACAAGAAAGUUGAACUUUUUUGGCAAUGAUAUGGAGAUAUGGCUGUAAUAUCUUCCAAAUAGCAUCUCGUCAAAUCAUCAGAACAUUUGCCCAUCAGUCAUAUCGUCGAUGUACAACCCCACAUAUAAAUUUAACCAAAAUCCUCCACAACCGACUAGACGAAGACAUUGAACAGAAAUUUUCUGAGAACAGGCAAGUGAUUCUCACUAAUGAUCUCGUGUACACCACUCUGUUGAAUUGUUCUUCUGAUUUAAUCGCUUUGAGCUUUUUCAUGUGGUGUGCUAAACAGCCCAAUUUCUUCCACAACCCUGCGGCGUUUGAUUAUAUGGUGGGUGUGGUUUCCCGUCUCAUGAAACAAUAUGAAACUGUGAAUGGGAUUCUUGGGGGGUUGGAGAGUGUUGGAAAUGUGACUAAGGCACAAACGUUUCUGCUUCUUUUGAGGAUUUAUUGGCGUGGAGGAAUGUACGAUUUGGUUUUUGAAGCAUUUGACCAUAUGGAUCGCUAUGGAUUUACACCAAACACAUUUGCACGUAAUGUGAUUAUGGAUGUGUUGUUCAAGGUUGGACGUGCUGAUGUUGCUUUGAAGGUCUUUAAAGAGACACUGCUACCAAAUUUUUUGACAUUCAACAUUGUAUUGUGUAAUUUAUCCAAAACAAAGGAUUUGAUAGGUAUUGGAGAUACUUUUAGAUGUAUGUUGAGAAUGGGGUAUUGUCCUAAUCCUGGGACAUUUGAAGUGGUUUUGAAUGGUUUAUGCAAAUUAGGUAGGCUGGCAGAAGCAUAUCAAGUAUGGGGUAUUAUGACAACUUUUGGAAUAUCCAUGUCCGUAAACAUUUGGACUAUAAUGAUCGAUGGAUUCUGUAGAUUGCGCAGAACCGAAGAAGCUUCUUCUUUGGUGAAAAAGAUGAAAAAAUCUGGUUGUUCUCCAAACAUUGUGACAUAUACUACCUUGAUUAAGGGAUAUAUAUAUGCACAACGGAUUAGUGACGCAUUUGAUGUUUUAAGUAUUAUUGAAUCAGAAGGGCCUUCGCCUGACCUGAUUCUUUAUAACGUAUUGAUUGAUAGCCUUGCUAAAAAUGAGAGGUACAAUGAUGCUCUCAGUAUUUUUCUUAGUUUGCAUAAACGAAACAUACUUCCUGACUGUUAUACUUUCAGUUCGUUGUUGAAUACCAUAUGUUUAUCCAAAAGGCUUUUUCUUCUACCCAAGUUGGUUGAUGGAUUUUUAGUUGAAGUUGACUUGGUGGCAUGUAACUCUCUGCUUAGUUAUCUUGGUAAGGCUGGGUUUGCUGCACUUGCCUUAGAACUAUAUAAUAACAUGGUGAAUGGAGGUUUAAUGCCAGAUAAGUAUAGUGUUCUUGGAGUACUGACUGGUCUUUGUGAAUCAAGGAGAAUCGGUGAAGCAGUUCGUCUGUACAAUGGCAUUCUCUUGAACUAUACAGGAGUUGAUGCUCACAUCCACACUGUAAUUAUAGAUGGACUUAUAAAAGCUGGUAAAUUUCAUUCAGCCAUUAGGAUAUUCAGAAGAAAUUUAUUGGAGGAAAAUUCUUUAGAUGUUGUAUCAUAUUCUGUUGCCAUUCGUGGGCUUCUUCUGGUCGGUAGAAAUACAGAGGCUUCUAACUUGUAUAACUACAUGAAGGAGGCUGGAAUAAAUCCAAACGGGCAUGUUUGCAACGUAAUGCUCUCCACUUUUUGUAAAGAAAAAAAAUUUGCAUUAGUGAAGCAGAUGCUGCAAGAGAUGAUUGACCUGGGAAUAAAAAUGAGCAGGAAUAAUUUCUUUAGGUUAUACAAUGCCAUUUGUAGAUCAUCAAAUGGUUCUCAUCUGGUUAUCUACUUAUUAAUUGAGAUGAAAGUUUUGGGAUUAUUACCUAGGAAACGAGAUUGUGAAACAUUGGUUCAUAAUCCCCCCAAAGAUGUGAAUAUUUCUGAAAAACAUUAUAAAUUACUGAAUGGCUGUCUAGAAUACUGUCUAUGUGGUGAUACAUCUAGCUCCGAAGAAUAUACUGAUGUGGCUGCUUUUGUGGGCUGAGUUUGUAUGUGGAAGAAAGUCAAUUUUCAGAAUGAUGGUUCAGCUGCUAUUUUCGGCAAUCUAGAAUGUAUUCGAACAUAUCUCAAGCAAUAUAAAGGAAGGGGCUUUCUCAACCCUAUAUUCUCCGUAUAACAGUCUGGAAUUCCAUGGAAUUGAAAGCUAUAUCCAACUGCAGAUUGGGUACGAGGCUUUUGCAGCUGGUCAUUUUUGCGCCUUCAUGAUAUUUAAACGGAUCACAUUAUUGGUAUAAGUUUGGUGGAGUAGCUGCUCCUUCUCAAUGGCGAAAGCUUAAGAGAAACAAUAGUCUUCAACAACCAAGAUAGUUUCUUUGUGGGGGCAAUUUAAUCUGUGUGCUGUACUUGCAUUGAGAUAAAAACCUCGAACUUUGCAGCAGAAAACGAUGAGCCCAAGUGAUGUCAAUGCUCGAAUAUAUUUCCCAAUUCCCUUCUUGGUAUGAUUGUCUAUUCUAGUGUAGAUGAAGUUCAGCUAUUUGAUUUUUUUUUUGUUGAAAAGAGAUGAAGUUUUGAUUCCAGAGUAGAAUGAUGAAGUUCUAGAAGAAUCCAAACAUUUCACUCUUCAAACUGCGGUUUGUUGUACAAUAUAAUUGAUGAGGAGCAAAAUCAUAUUCACACAUAUUGUAUGUCUAACGAGAUUCUAUGUGAAGUUCGUGAAACUGUCACAAUUUUGUUCG